AACCCUCCUAAAAAUAUCAGAAUGUUAAGGCCCAAAGCCCUUCGAAGUAUGUCCUCCAGCCUCUCCCAAUCUAUCAAGCUUCUAAUCCCUCACUCAACCGCCACAGUUAUCGAAGCCGCCGACACCGCCGCUUCAGUCCGUGUUCUUCGCCGGGCAACACCUUGGCAUUAUUCCCUUCCUCUUUCGAUUUUCGGGAGGCCAGCUUAUUCAUCGCUUUCACAGUGUCCUCCGUCGCGCCGCUGUUUCUCCCUUGGGGUUGAAAUGGGGGAGGAGAGCAUAUCUUAUCUCACACAGAAGGAGGCCGCGGAGAUUGAUGAGAUCCUCAUGGGUUCUCUUGGCUUCAGCGUCGACCAAUUGAUGGAAUUGGCGGGGUUGAGCGUUGCUGCAUCGAUUGCUGAGGUCUACAAUUCAAAUGACAAUGGCCGCGUUAUCGUUCUCUGUGGUCCAGGGAAUAAUGGCGGCGAUGGUCUAGUUGCUGCUCGUCAUCUUUAUCAUUUUGGUUAUCAGCCUUUUAUUUGUUAUCCAAAACGUACAGCCAAGCCGCUAUAUUCAGGCCUAGUAACUCAGCUGGAAUCUUUAUCAAUACCAUUCUUGUUAGUUGAAGAUCUACCUCAGAAUUUAUCUGAUCGUUUUGACAUUAUUGUAGAUGCAAUGUUUGGAUUCUCAUUUCAUGGUGCUCCAAGACCACCUUUUGAUUAUCUUAUCCAAAGGAUUGCUUUGUUGAACGACAUUGAAAAAAAUACAAGGAGCUCACCUGCCGUAAUUUCUGUUGAUAUCCCGUCUGGUUGGCAUGUUGAAGAAGGAGAUAUCAAUGGUGAAGGGAUCAAACCUGACAUGCUGGUAUCAUUAACAGCUCCAAAGCUUUGUGCGAAGAAGUUUGCUGGUCCUCAUCACUUUUUAGGUGGCAGAUUUGUGCCUCCAUCUAUCAAAGAUAAGUUUGUUCUCCGGCUUCCUGCGUAUCCUGGCACUUCCAUGUGUGUGAGAAUUGGAAAGGCUCCUAAAGUUAACAUCUCAGCUCUAAGGGAAAACUAUGUUUCUCCAGAGCUACUGGAAAAUCAGGUGUUGGCGGAUCCUACUGAUCAGUUCUGCAAGUGGUUUGAUGAAGCUGUUGCAGCUGGCUUACGAGAGCCUAAUGCCAUGGCCUUAUCAACCUCCAGCAAAGAUGGCAAAAUUUCAUCACGGAUGGUUCUUCUAAAAGGAGUGAACAAACAAGGCUUUGUUUGGUAUACCAAUUAUGGAAGCCGUAAAGCUCAAGAUCUGUCUGAAAAUCCGUUUGCUGCUCUUCUUUUUCAUUGGAAUUCUUUGAACCGACAGGUGAGAGUUGAAGGAAGUGUUGAGAGGGUUUCUUUUGAAGAAUCUGAAAAAUACUUUCACAGUCGCCCUCUUGGAAGUCAACUUGGAGCUAUUGUCAGCAAGCAGAGUACACCUCUUUCUGGAAGAGAAGUGCUGCAUGAAGCAUACCGGGAACUAGAAGCUAAAUAUUCUGAUGGGAGUGUUAUUCCUAAACCAGAUUACUGGGGAGGAUAUCGCCUUAAACCAAUCCUUUUUGAAUUUUGGCAAGGACAAACUUCUCGUCUACAUGACCGGCUUCAGUACUCUCUGAGAGAGGUGGAAGGAAGGCAUUCAUGGCAUAUAGAUCUAGCUCUUAAUGUGGCUUCCAUUAAAGGUCUUAAUAAUACAACUUCUGAUCUGCAUUUUAUUUCUUCACUUUAAUCGUAGUGUAUUUUUUAGCUUAUUCUCCAUCAUGAAAUAAGAAAUUGGUCUUUUGAUUCCUUGAUCUGAUAACUAAGAGACAAUUAAUGGGUCAUGGGUGGGUCUGAUCUGUGUAGAAUAAACUAAUUGAUUUACAUCUGCUAGUGAUUAGAAAACUGAUUGGUUAACUGUGAUAAA